UAAAAUUUUACAAAAAUUUAAAAAUUCACAUAUUUAUGUGUAUAUAAAUACAUAUAUAUGUUUGUGUGUAAUAAAGUGUCUGUACAUAUGUAUGUAUAUUAAAAAAGAACAAUAAAUAAAAAUUUUGCGCUAAAAUAACCAAAGGCAAACAAUAGUAAGAGCGAUUUUGAGUGGAAAGAGUAGAAGAAAAAGCGGAAACACAACAACAGACUGAAAAUAUUUUAACUCACAACUACAUUAGUACACAAGGGAAUGUAUAUAUGGUAGAAUGUGUGGUUAUGGACAGGCAACCAGUUAGCCAGCUAGUUAGCCAACCAAGCAGAAAUAUCAGAACAUAUCUACAAAAAAGAGCCAAAUAAAACGAAAAUAUAAUGAAAUACACGAAUAACGUUAUGAAUAGAUAAAUGUAAAACUCAAAUACACACAAGUAAAUAGGUAAAAUAAUAUGUGUGUGUUAAAUAUAGACGGAAAUACAUAUCAACAAAUAAACAUAUACUAAUACAAGUAUAACAGGCUGUGUUUACAUAAAAAAUAAAGUAAAAGUUGUAUCUGAAAUAAAAAUGGAAAAUAUAGAUCAAAUGAUACAAACAAAAACACACAAUAUAAUUGUUACAAUAAAGUAGCUCCUUAUUUAUAUUCACACAUAUACUAGAGUAAACCAUUAGUACUUUUGUUGAAAAAGGAUUCUAUUAGAAAUUCUAUAAAAGAAACUACAAAAAAGUAAAAUAAAUAAUAAACCAAGCAAUCCUAGCAAAACUAUACAUUUACAAUUUUAAAAUACAUUAGAGAAUUGUUGAACAACUUCCACUCAUGUACAAAAAAACGGAGUAAAAAAGGAAAUCUCUAAAAAGCAAACUAGUAACAAAAAAUAGCUACAACGAUGACAACUAACCAUACGAAAUAUUUUAUAUAAAUAAACUAAUAUUUCAUAAAUUCCAAAGUAUUUGCUUAUUGUUUGCUACAUGCUGACAUGGUUGAAGAAAUCGAAAAGUCAGUUUUAUAUACAUAUCAAACAACAAAAGUAUUUUGUUGAGUGUAUUUGAAUAUACAUAUAUACAUAAAUGAGUAUACGGGCAUAUAUAUGUAUAUACGAAAAUAAUAAUAACAAUAAUAAAAAAAGAAUAAAUACAACAAUAGCAGCAAAUAAUAAUAAUCAAAUUAAAAAUGAUUCCUGCGGUUAUCAUUUCCUCCUCCGGUUAUACAACAAUAAGAACAACAGCUACAACAACAACGACUACAAGUUCGAGAACAGCCACAACAAAUACAACAACAGACUUAACAUGUACAACAGAAUGUACAAAAUCUUCCACACAUUGUCAACAUCAUCAUCCUCACCACCAGCAUCAUCAACAACAUCAUCUACAUCACAAGCAUCAUCAUCACCACCAACACCAGCUACAUCAAACCAAUUCCAUACAUAACCAACAUGAACAACAAGAACAACAACGACAUCAUGAAUAUUGUUAUCAAUACCGUCAACAAGAACACAAUUAUUCCAAACAGCAGCAUCAUCGUCAGCACCAGCAGCAGCAACAAAUAAGCAACUAUCAACAUCAACGACCCAGCGGGAUAUGGCAUAAGCCUUCUCACAAUAUAGUUACCUAUUAUCUAUGGUGGCUAUUUGGCAUUUGUUUAAUCUUCUUUACAAAUGGUGGUCGUAAUUUAAAUAUCGGAAAUCUCAUUAUUAAAUCAUCCUCGUCGACAUCAACAUCAUCUGUCUCAUCAAUAUUGGCUUAUGCCUCAUAUUUAGAGCCGGAUGAACUGAUACACGAAUUAGAUCGUCCUGUGCCACUUACCUCAGUUCAGGGUGUGUUGGGACGCCAGGCAAUGCUGCCGUGUGAUAUAACACCAAUGGAACGUGACGAUGCUGUUUAUAUGGUUUUGUGGUUUCGUGAGGGUGAUGGUGAACCCAUUUAUAAUUUCGACGUACGAGGGAGACAAUUUGGUCAGGCGAGAUUAUGGUCAUCGCCAUUAGCUUUCGGUCAACGAGCCUAUUUCAGUGUUACCUCACAUCCAGCACAAUUGAAAAUAGACAAUGUGCGUUUGGAAGACGAAGGUGUUUACAGAUGUAGGGUUGAUUUUCGUAAUUCACCCACAAGAAAUCUGAAAAUCAAUUUAACAGUAAUUGUACCACCCGAAAGACCUAUAAUUUAUAAGCCAAAUCGUCAUGAAAAAACCAGCAAUGUGGAAUCAUUUAAUGAGGGUACCGACAUCGUUUUAAUAUGUGAGGUUUCAGGCGGACGUCCACAUCCCAAUGUUACAUGGUAUUUGGAUAAUACGGUGAUUGAUGAAUCAUUUGAACAUCGGCCGGACGGUAAGACUGUUAACCACUUGUCAUAUCCAAAUAUUGGACGACAACAUUUGAAUGCCAGAUUAGUUUGUAUGGCUAGCAAUACGAAUUUAACACCACCAAACAGUAAAGUGGUCAUACUGGAUGUCAAUUUAAAACCAAUUGCAGUUCAUAUAAUGACCAAGGAUAGAUUUGUAUCAGCUGAUCGCACUUAUGAUAUUGAAUGCAAAUCAUCUGGUUCAAAACCACAAGCCGUUAUAUCCUGGUGGAAGGGUAAUAAACAACUAAAAAAACUAACAAAAAAUUUUAAUGAACCCGACAAUCAAUCUUUGAGUAUAUUAACAUUCACGCCUACUCGUGAAGAUGAUGGUAAAUAUUUGACAUGUCGAGCGGAAAAUCAAUUUAUUGAGGGCAGUGCUAUCGAGGAUAAGUGGCGUCUGGUAGUACACUAUCAACCUACAGCCCAUUUAAAAAUGGGUUCAUCCCUUAAUCCAGAUGAUAUUAAAGAGGGUGAUGAUGUCUAUUUUGAGUGUGUUAUACAAUCAAAUCCCAAGCCCUAUAAAAUGUCAUGGUUUCAUAAUGGCAAAGAAUUACAUCACAAUAUUUCAGCUGGUAUCAUACUAUCGGAUCAAUCACUUGUCCUACAAAGUGUUUCACGUGCAUCUGCCGGUGAUUACACUUGUCUGGCCGUAAAUUCUGAAGGCAAAGGCACUAGUAAUCCGGUGACAUUACGUAUACGUUAUGCACCCAUUUGUUCAACAGAUCACGAUGAACUGCUGGGAGCCUUGAAGCAUGAAACUUUAGCGUUAAAAUGUGAAGUGGACGCAUCACCGCCUGCGGAUUCAUUUCAUUGGACAUUUAACUCAUCUGGCGAACAAACUGAAUUACCAGCACGUUUGCAUUCAAGUGAAACUGGUAUGUCACGCUUAAAUUAUACUCCCACCACAGAUUUGGAUUAUGGGACCAUCUCUUGUUGGGCACGCAAUUCAAUUGGUAUGCAGAAAUCACCCUGUGUCUUUCAAAUUGUAGCAGCAGGUCGUCCAUUUCCUCUGCAAAAUUGUUCAAUAACCAACCAGUCAGCAGACUCCUUGCAAGUUGAUUGCAUUGAAGGCUUCGAUGGUGGUUUACCACAGAGCUUCAUGUUAGAAUUAGUUGAAUUAAACAAUUUGCGUUUGGCACGGAAUAUAACUUUGCAGCAUACUAAUAGUCCUGUUACAUUUUUUAUUGAUAAUUUGGAUCCAAGUGCCACAUAUCGUAUGAUUAUAUUUGCAAUUAAUGCUAAAGGACGUUCAGAGCCAAUUAUUAUUGAUGACAUUAAUUUUAAAGGUGUUGCUAAAUUUACAGGUGCUUCCAAUGGUCUAACCGUUCCUCUAUCACCAUUUUUAGCUGGUUUAACAUUGUUUUGUGCUUUAUUAUUUGCCAUAUCUUGUAUUAUAUUGGCAGCUAUUUAUAGACGAUUUUCAAAUCGAACAAAUGACAACAAUUUAAAACCUACCAAACACACACAACUGUCUAUACCCGCCGAUUGUCAAUUGGAUCCAUUACAGCCGAAUCAUCAUCAUAAUCAUUAUGAACAAAACAAUCAUCAGGCCCAUCAUAGUCUAUUACAAUCAAAUGGCGAUGGUAAAUUACAAAUGAGUGGUGGUGGCGGUGGUGGCGGUGGUGCAUCGCCAACGGGUGGCAGUGUUGGUAUUGGUGUAAUGGAUACAUCAACAUUAAGGUCGACGACAAAAAGUCAUCACCGUCAGUCGCCACAAAUAAUGGGUGAUCCACCCGAAGGCGAUGAUACAGAUCCAGAUGUUAUACCAAAUCAAUAUGAAAAACGUCCAUUAAAGUCAAUGUUGGCUUCACCAAUAUUCCGUAGUCCAUCAGCGCGUCUACUGCAACGUGACUAUUGCACAACGGAUGCUGUUACAGACGGUAACGUAACAAUGGGCAGUGGGAGUGUUAUUGGCAUAACAAAUGGUUCAGCUUUAAGUUGUACGGAUGGUGUAUCUAGUUUGGGUUCAUUAAAAAGUAAUAAUGGUAGCCUUGGUGUUGGCAAUGAGGUGCUGCAUUACACAUUUAGGCCAAGUAAACAAAUUAGUUAUGCCACAUUAAAUAAAAAAGGCAUUACUACAUGUAGUCCACCCUUAGGUGUGGGUUUACCAUAUAGUAGUACGCCUACUACAUCUUCGUCAUUAUCAUCAUAUCAUCCCACCACACAACCCAUGGAAGUCAGUCUACUAAGUCCUAAUAAUCCAUCUGUAACAUCAUCAAUAAGCGAGUACAGAUUUCGACCGGAAGUGGUGACAACAUCGAAUCGCAUACAGGAACCUUAUUAUCAUACACCUAGAAAAAUGUUACAGGAAUCACAUUUAUAAUUAGUUUGCUUUUUUAAAUAAACUUAUCAAAACAUAUCUUAUUUUUUUAAUAUGGAUAGAUGACACGAAGAAGUUUGUUAACUUUUAAUACAAAUUUAGCAAUGAUUUUAACUAAAAAGUUUAAAUAUUUAAUCAAUUAUAUGUAGGUUUAAUAAAUCAAUAAUAUAAAAAGUUCAUAUGAUUUCUAAGGUAUUAUAUAUUUUUUAGCACAUUUUAUUAUAAUUACCUUAAAUUGUUUGACUACAUUAAUACUUACCACCGUCCAACAAAACGAUAUAUAUAUAAAAAUUUAAUAAUUAUUAAAAAAUCGGUUUAAAUAUCCCAACUUGAAAAAAAGGGUGUUUCAAUAUUUAUUUUUUACUUUACUGAAGAAAAUUUAGUAUUCCAUUAUACAACAUAUGUUUCAUUCAAAAAAAAAAUAGGUUUUCUUAAUCCUCACAUAUGGGUGACCAACGAAAUGAAUGUGUCAUUUACGAUAAAACUUUCAAUGGACUCUAUAAGGUUUAAAAAUGAAUAGCAAAUCUAAAAUUGUCUCUACAGUUUAAAACAAAUUUUAGUAUUUUUUAUAUACUACUGAUUUAAAUUGGAAAAUUAAUAAAAAAUUUUCAUACUUAAUUUAGAUUUUUAAAUAAUUUUAAAUUUAAUUUUUAAUAUAAAUUUUAAUUUACAUAAUAUUCACUACAAACAAAGAUUUUUUAGUACUAAAUUUAAUUUAAUUUUAAAUGCAUAUUACAAGUUUAAUACCUUUUUUUAUAUGACAAAUUAGUUUUUGCCUCAAAUAUGUUAUAAAAAUUAUAUAUCAGAAAUUAAAAAAAUACAGUAUUAUUUAUACUUCUAUAUUAUUAAAAAAAUAAAUUUCUAU